CUAGUGCUUACGGUCAAAAGUCGUUGGGCCUGACACCGCAAAUCCUAAUUGAAAUAUUUUGAAGCUAAAUAUAUUUUAAUUGUAUCUGUGUAUAACUGCUCUGACCGAAUUGUAGGUUUUAUCUUCGUUCUUUUACAUUUAAUUGCGAGACUACAAGCAAAUAGAAAACGUAGUGAGCAUGUGUAACUCAUGCCAAGACAUGCACAACGAGAUUCUCAUACAGAAUGAGAGUGGUAGAUAGGCACGUGUGUUGGCUGUCAUGGCGCUGAAGAAAGUCAAUCUUCGUCUUGAUAUGUUACAUGAAGUUGUACGAAAGCAAUUUGAAGGGCUGUCCAAAUGGCAAAUAGCCUUGUUACUUGGAGCCCCGGUCACGCUAGGUCUGGCUGGUUUAGUGUAUUACAAUAAGAAAGGAAAACACGUGAAAAGUGCCAAGAACAACAACGACCUGAAAAUAAACAACUACGCUACAUCUCCCAAAACAGAGACCUCGAAGAAAGAUACUCCCAAGAAAUCAAAUGAGAUGUCCAGCACAGAAUCUGCUCUUAAGGCAAAAGAAGAAGGUAAUGUAUUUUUCAAAAGUGGUAAAUACAAUGAAGCAAUUGAGUCAUACACCAAAGCAAUUUCUCUGUGUUCAGAUAACAAACUGCAACUGGCUACAUUUUAUCAAAACAGAGCUGCUGCCUAUGGUCAACUGGAGAACCACCAACAAGUGAUUAGCGAUUGUUCCAAAGCUUUGGAGUUAAAUCCUAAAUAUAUGAAAGCUUUAACUCGCCGAGCCAAAUCUGCUGACCAGACAGGCAACUUGAAAAUUGCUUUAGAAGAUUUAACAUUGUUGUGCAUGUUGGAAAAUUUUUCAAAUGUAAACACAGUCAAAUUUUCUGAAAGAGUUCUGCGAGAUAUGGGAAAGCAGAAAGCUAAAGUUGAAAUGGCUUCUCGUAAACCUUCUCUACCGUCAAAGACUUUCAUGAAAGUUUUUAGAGAUAUGUUCCGGAAUGAUCCAAUUUUCAAUUUUGACACUUCAAAAAUUCUUGAAAGUUCACCCUUUAUAGAGGCUUGCAAACAAUUUUCUAAAUGUCAGUGUGAUAAUAUCAUUGAUUUAUGUUCAAAAGAAAUGGAUCAACCUGACUCCCCCUAUAUAAACAAAGCAAGAUUGCUACGAGGAACUGCUCACUUUUAUAUGGGUGCUUUUACUGAUGCCAUAACUGACUUUGAGGAUUUAAUUCUAAGUGAAAAUGUUAAUAAAAAUGUGAAAGUCAGUGCUUUAAUCAAGAAAGCUAGUUGCUACAGUCAACAAAGCAUGGCUAUAGAAGCUAUGGAAAUGUAUAGUGAAGCCAUUAACAUUGACCCAGAAAAUGUUGAUAUAUAUUUCCAUCGAGGUCAACUCCUGAUGUUACAAGAUCGCUGUGAAGAUAGUGUUCGGGAUUAUGAAAAAUGUAUAGAACUGGAUCCAAACUUCCCUCAUGCCCAUGUUUAUAAGUGUCUUGGAGAACAUCGAGCUGCCUUAAUAAAUAGCUCAGCUGAUGGUUUGGAGAAAGUGGCAUCCCAAUUUGAAAGAGUUGUGGAAAAAUUCCCAAACUGUAUUGAAGCUAGGAUCAAAUUUGGACAGACACUUUUGGGGCAAAACAAACCAGAAAAAGCUAGACAUCACUUUGAAAAAGUGUUGGAGUUGGAAGAAGAUAAUGCAAUGGCAACUGUAUACAUGGGAGUCCUGCUACUCAGUGAAGAACCAGACUUUGAUAAAAUUCGCUCUUACAUUGAGAAAGCUAUUAGUAUGGAUGAAAAAUAUGAAUAUCCAUAUGAACUCUUUGGUUCUAUAGAAGUUCACAGAGGUAAUAUAGAAUCUGCAGUUACCAAUUUUCAUAAGGCAAUUUCUCUUUCCCGUAGUGAUCAUGAAAUCACUCAUCUCUACACUUUACUUGAUGCUACCUUGGCACAGUUGGAAGUAUCACGGCGCUUGGGCAACUUAGCAUUAGGGCAAGAUCUGAAUGGUGCUUUUAAGUCAUUAUAACACUACUUAUACCGUUAUUCAUGCUGGUUCUUCUGUGGACUUAAAAUACAAUAUUAAUAAAUUAAAACCAUAUAGAAAAAAGUAUCAGUGUUUUCAAGAAUCUUUGAUGAACCAACUAGAUAUAAAGAAUGAGUUUAUGAUAAAUGAAUUCAAUAAAAUAUUGAGAACAAUCAAUGUAACAGCAGCAUUUAAAAAAACUUGCAAAGCCUGUUUUUUGGUACGUGUACAUUUUGAAUGUUUGACACAAGAUAACUAGUUUUAAUGUAACCCAUUCAGAAAACGUACAAAGUAGAGAAAAGACAUUCUAAGCUAGAUAAAAUGAUCAGUAACUAGCUCUUUCUUGUUGACUGAAAUAACAUACCUUCCUUUUUUUUAAUAAUCUUUUUGAUAUGGAAAUGGUGUCUGUGUGUGCAUGUUGAAGAUUGUUGUAUGUUUGUUGGCAACCCUAAUAUGAUUUAUGUUGACUGUUAACACUCAGAAUUUGUUCUGUGGUUCUCAGUUCAUAUUUAAUAAAGGAUUAGAUGAUGAA